CGUGUGUGUGUUUGGUGCGUUCUGCUGUUUACCCUGCUGCUUCCAAGCAAGCAAGGUCACCGUGCCGAGACCGCGAGAGAGCCAGCUGUGCUUGCGCCAGCACCACACCACCAGCGUCAGCCGCAUCAGCCGCAUCCACAUCAGCACCAGCAGCAGCAGCAGCAGCAGCACCAGCAGCAGCAGGGACACAAACGUCCUGCACCACCACCACUUCUGCACCUGCCUUGCCCAGUGCAGCCACCCACACCACGAGCGACCACCACACCCUCAGCGCCGCCAACAAGCAGCCCUGUCAUCGCCAGCAACUUCCUCACAGCUAGAUACCGCACGCACCCCAUCCGACACCACUUGAGGAUGGCCUCCAAGUCUGGCGCCAGCAAGAGCAGCAGCGCCGCAGACAUUGUGCGCGAGUACCAGUCGCUCCACCGCGAGUGCCAUGGCCUCUUCUCCCAACUGGGAACGCUACCGGAGUACGGCUCCCACCAUUGGCAGCCGUUCUUCACCCGCGCCUUUGCCGCCUUCUCCCGCCUGUGGAAGCUCCAGCGCGAGCACCGCGAUACCCUCAUGGCUGCAGGCGCCCUCAGCAGGCUGCGCGUGGGCGAGAUCGCCAACCGUAUUGCCCAGCUCUACGGCCACUACUACACGCGGACCGGCAACCCCACAUACCUGAAGCAGGCCCUCUCCUUCUACCAGUCCAUCCACGACCGCGGCUACUUCAACAAGCCUGCAGCAACAGACUCGACCUCUGCUGUCAAAGACGGCAAGCCCAGCACUGGCCGCAAUGGCAGCAGCAGCAGCAGCCAUGGUGCGGGCACCGGAACUAGCGGGCCGUCCAAGGACGCCGAGACCACAGCCCAAGCUGACGUCUCGGGCACCAGCACACACACACGCAACGACGAUGAUGACAGGUCGCACACCUCAAAGCGAACGCACGCAGAGGCUUCGACAGAACCUUCUGCGGAACAGCAAAGCAAGGCUGCCAAGGCAUCCACAGGCAAUGGCAACGCCACGGCAUUCUCUGCCAAGGCCGGCGGCGACGAUGAUGAUGACCAUGACCAUGACAACGACAACGACAACAAGGGCACAGUGCCAGCUGCCGCCAAGAAGGGCGGCGGGGUCCCGCCAGAGGUGACGAGCGCGUAUCUGACGUCGCUGAUCCCGCCACCGGAGGAAGAGGGCCCGCCAACGCCGAGCGACGCCAGCGACGCAGCGCAAGCGACCGCCGAUGAUGGGCCGCAGGGCAGCACAGCCCGCCGUACGCGGACCAAGGCGCCAACGCCGCCACGCGACCUUGGGGAGACAACGGUGGUGCCGCCAGCCAACCCGCGCAAGCCCACCCGGGCGAUCAUCAACCCGCCGCUGCUGGAGGGCGUAUGGAACGAGGAGCGCGUGCUGCGGUACUACGCCCGGUUUGCCGUGACGGCGCUGCUGCUGUACGGCAACUGCCCGCACCGCGGCGAGGGCGGGGCUGGCGUGCAGUGCUCCAGCAACCUGUGCUCGCUUCUGCGCGGCAUCCGCGCCAAAGUGCACGAGAUUGCGUCGCCUGAGCGGGCAAAGCUGUGGGAGCGCGAAUUCGACGCCGCCGUGGCCAUGGGCGACGCCAUCACUUCCGUCAACUUCCCCUGCCGCCGCGCCAAGCCAGAGGCGAUGGCGAAAUUUGACCACCGCACACAUGUGCGUGAAGUUCUCGUUGUGGAUUCCCGCAGCCCGCGGCACGCCGCCACAAACAGGCUCGCCUUUAGCGAAAUCACCCUCAACAUCCUCUUCCACAUGCAGCUCUUUGAAAUAGCGCCAGGCACAAAAGCAGACGAUUUGCACGCGCACAAGGCCGGCCUGCACAUGCCCGACGUUACGCAGCUCCUCGCAUUCUCGAGCAUCGCCCUCAGAGAGCUGCCGGCAAAUUCAAUGUUCGUCCUCAACAUCUCCGCGGACGCCUCGCCCGAAAAUGAUGCGCUGGUGCUUGAGACGGAGAAAGAUGGGGCGAUAAUGGAAUCAAAGCUCUAUCCACAGGACUUGGCCUUCCUUAUUCGCACUCCUCUCCUCCUCAUCAUCGAAUCCCCCGCCGCAGACGCCUUUCUGCAACUGUCUGUGAGCAACAAGCACGGGAUGCCGCUGUUUCUGAUCACCGCCCCUGGUCCCUGGCCCGCGCCCUGGCAGCAGUUCUUCCCCUGCAGUUGCCUCACAGCCUUUCUCGCAGAUCCGUUUGUUGCGUUCCAGGGUGUUGUGCAGCAGCUUGGGGGCCCAGCGGCCGAAAUGGCGCCCCACCGCAAGGAAUACGACCGUCUGUUGGAGGUGUUUAUGCGAUCACUGCGCGAUGCACAGCGCGAGCCAGUGCGCACCCUCCUUCAGGAUUUCUUCCUCCUGCGCCUGCUUGCGCAUGCCAUCAUCGCCAAGCGACUGCUGCACGGCACAGCCAUAAUCAACGUUGUGUGCCCUAUCAACCUGCAAGGAGUGGACACGCACUGUGAAACGUACCUGCAGGCGUUGGUCGCUGCAUGCUUUCAGCAGAUGCAUGGAGGGCAACAGCUCGUUGCCACCAUGGCAUCAUAGAGACAUGCCCUCGUCCCUGAACUCACGUUGUACUUGCUAUUCACUCUCUGACAAUGCCUUCGUCUCUGACAGUCAACUUCGCACAUGCCAGUCGCUUUGCUGCAUUCGUUGUCCUGUUCCCUUCUUGAUGACCUUACUUACUUCUUAUGGAUCGUUCACUUGUUUCACCAUUCCCCCCCCCUCAUCUUUUGUACACAACCAUCGAGUGCGUGAGUAUGAUAGUGUGUGAGAGUGAGAGUGGGUUUGAAGUGAUGAUGUUGGAAACUACUUACGGCAAGAAGCCGAGCCGUGUUCAAGUGGUGGGGUGGUGAACCAUGAGAGAUGCAAACAGUUGUAGAAACUUGGUGGGUGUUAUUCACAAUAAACG